AUGUCAGCAUUAUCAUCAUAUUUGGAGCCAAGCAGUAUUCAGUUUAAAAAUUUGACAGAGGUCACCAUGUUUAUAUUGAGGGGCUUCACAGAUAAUAUUGAGCUAAAUAUCUCCCUGUUUUUCCUAUUUCUAGCAAUCUAUCUUUUUACUCUGAUAGGAAAUUUGGGACUGGUUUUAUUGGUCAUUGGGGAUCCCCAGCUCCACAACCCCAUGUACUAUUUUCUGAGUGUGUUGUCAUUCAUGGAUGCCUGCUAUUCUUCAGUUGUCACUCCCAAAAUGUUAGUCAAUUUACUAGCAGAGAAUAAAACCAUUUCAUUUAUUGGAUGUGCAAUACAGAUGUUUCUGCUUGGUACUUUUGGGACCACAGAAAGCUUUCUCUUGGCUGCAAUGGCUUAUGAUCGCUAUGUAGCAAUCUACAACCCACUGCUCUAUUCAGUUAACAUGUCACCACGAGUCUACAUACCACUCAUUCUUGCUUCCUAUGUUGCUGGCAUUUUGCAUUCUACUUUACACACAGUGGCCACUUUUAGUCUAUCCUUCUGUGCAUCCAAUGAAAUUAGACAUGUGUUUUGUGACAUCCCUCCAUUCCUUGCCAUUUCUUGUUCUGACACUCACAUCAACCAGCUUCUACUCUUCUACUUUGUGGGCUUUAUUGAGAUAACUACUAUUUCUAUAGUCCUGAUCUCCUAUGGUUUUAUUCUCUUGGCCAUUCUGAGGAUUCAUUCUGCUGAAGGGAGGCAAAAAGUCUUUUCCACCUGUGGUUCUCACCUAACUGGAGUGUCACUUUAUCAUGGGACAGUCCUCUUCAUGUAUGUGAGGCCAAGUUCCAGCUAUGCUUUGGAUCAUGAUAUGAUAGUGUCUGUAUUUUACACCAUUGUGAUUACCAUGCUGAAUCCUGUCAUCUACAGUUUGAGGAACAAAGAUGUAAAAGCUGCAAUGAAAAAAUUGUUUGAGAAAAAUUGGCUCACAGUGAAGUACAUUUUUGGCAUUGAGUCAAACUGA